AUGGAAGGGGAUAUCAAAGCGGAGCAAGUUCAACAUCCGAGUCCCCUAGAGGAUAUAUUGGAGCACACAGACGUUUCGGCGCAGCCAUCGGCUAAAGGCAAGAACAAGAGCAAGGAUAAGGAUUCUGGAGGCGCCGCUACGAAAAGGCGAUGUGUGAGCACGGCUUGCAUUGCCUGCCGUAAAAGGAAGAGCAAGUGUGAUGGCAAUUUGCCCAAAUGCGCUGCUUGCGCAUCGGUCUACUUGACUGAAUGUGAAUAUGCGCCACACACCGACCAUCGGCGCAAAGGGGUUUACAAAAAGGAUGUUGAUGCCUCCAAGACCAAGAAUUCCACUCUCCAGAUCCUCAUACAGGCUAUCCUGAAUGCUGAGGAGGAGGAUGUCAUGGAUCUAGUCCGGCAGAUACGGACAUGCGACAACCUAGAAGAACUUGCGGUUACCAUAGACGCUCAAGAGAAAGGCCUGAUGGAGGGACACGAUGACUCUCCAAUGUAUGAGGCCGAAUCCGGCGUACCGAAAUUUGAAGCCGAACUUUCUGGGAAGAUGGGCGAUCUGAUGCUAGACGGGUCUGUCAAAUUCAUUGGGGGAACGUCGAAUUUGAUCUGGCUUCCUGAGGAAUAUGAACAUCGAGGCACACACAGCUCACCAACUUACCAGCGGGUCGUGGUGCGACCUCACGAAGAGGCUGUUCUUUCAUGGACGAUUGUCACCCAAGACAAAGAGGCAAUUCUCCAUUUUAUGAACAUGUACUUUUGCUGGCACUACGCCUUUUUCACGACCUUGGCUAAGGAACUUUUCUAUCGAGAUUUCCUCACCGGGACAUCCUCACAGUACUGCUCACCUCUCCUUGUCAAUGUUAUGCUAGCGCUCGGUUGCCACUUCUCAUCUCGGCCUGAAGCAAGAGCAGAUCCAGCGGAUUCUGGGACCACUGGUGACCACUUCUUUGCAGAAGCUAAAAGGCUCCUGUACGAGAACGACGAGUUUGCCAACGCGAAACUAUGUACAGUCCAGGCUCUGGCUUUGAUGUCCGUUAGAGAAGCCGGAUGCGGUCAUGAAAGCAAGGGAUGGGUAUACAGUGGCAUGAGUUUUCGAAUGGCUUGUGAUCUCGGAUUGAACGUGGAUACGGUGCCUAUCAAUGAAAUGUCACGCUUGACAGAUGAGGACAUUGAUGCGAGGCGGAUAACCUUCUGGGGUUGUUUCCUCUUUGACAAGUGCUGGUCUAACUACCUGGGGCGGCAACCUCAACUUUUAACGCCAAACAUCACCAUGAAGAAGCCCGACGUGUUCCCAUCGGAAGACAGUGAAAUGUGGUCGCCGUAUACAGACUCGGGCAUCAUUCAGGCCCAUGCGCAACCGGCGCGUACCAGAGCUGUUGCAUUGCAACUGUCUAAACUGGCCGAGAUUUCCAGCGAUCUCCUGACAUCCUUCUAUAAUCCGCAGAUGCUCGAUAAACCUCCUCCAAGACAAACCGAACUCAAACGACUAAGCGAUCUACAUACUAGAUUGGAAGCGUGGAAGCAAGGGUUGCCGCCUGAACUGGAACCGAGGGAGGGUCAGCUCCCCCAGGUCCUGCUGAUGCAUAUGUUUUACCAACUCUUGUAUCUUCAUCUAUAUCGACCGUUCCUGAAGUACACCCGAACGACCUCACCACUUCCAGCACACGUAUCCCCGAGAAAGUACUGUACUCAGGGAGCCACAGCAAUUUCUAAGCUUUUUCGACUGUACAAGCGAACACAUGGUCUUCGACAAAUAUGUAACAUUGCAAUCUAUAUUGUACAUUCAGCCUGUACGAUUCAUUUGUUGAAUCUACCAGACAAAAACGCUCGCAGAGAUAUCAUCCACGGCGUCAAACAUCUGGAGGAAAUGGGGGAAUGUUGGACAGCCGCCCGGCGAACGCUCAGAGUUUUGCAUCUAUGUGCCGACAGGUGGAGUAUUGAAAUGCCCGAGGAGGCGGAAAUGGUUUAUACAAGGCUUCGGGCGAAAUGGGGUCUCGCAGCGAGUGCACCUUCACCGGUGUCGCCCGAGUCUCUGGCAAACAUGGCACAGCAAAUUGUGUCACAGCCAGUGCCUGACUUGAUGGCGAUCAAUGUUCAAAGGCAACAGCAGUCGCAAGCUCAGCGUGGGACUUCAAUGUCACAGUAUGCAGGCGGAUAUUCCGCGCCCAUGGCUGCCUCACCCACAGAGGCGAUUGACUCCAGACGAACAUCCGGAGCACCGUCCAUGCCACCACAGUCCACAGCCGAGCUUUCUCGAGACUCUCGUCGUAUUCGGGCUUCAACUUACCUUACCAAAGCACAACAAGAUGCAUGGAAUGCACACCAAGCUCGAAUCGCAGCCAACGCAGCUGCGACAUCCUCUAACCAAGCAGGGACUGCUGGCGACCAGAAUGCCGCCAGAUUGUUUGGUGGAGUUGAAAGUCUGAUUGAGGAGACACAAGACUGGUUCUUUAAGGAUCAGAACCAAUUGGCCGUGGGUUUCGAAAACUGGGGGUCUGAGCCGCCAGAUUGGGGAACCCUAGAUCUGAGCUUCUUUGACACACCAGAAACGGGCAGCAGUACAAACGCGAAUACGAAUGGUAACUCACCGUCUUACAAUGGACUGCAGUACUCGUAUGAUUCGGGGGGAGGAGACGGAGGAACCAACCCGGGCGUCGUGACAAGCCAGGCCGGAUACGGAUUUGGACUUACCGGAGACAGGUAUCCAACCACUACCGACACGGAUAUUGAUGGCUUUCCCACGAACGGAACGAAUGGAAUGAACGGUUUAAUGAGACCAGGCAUGAGCUUACAGUUAGGAAUGAAUAUGGAUACGAGCGGGAACGGUUCAUUGGCGACUGGCAUGGGAAAUCUAGGUAUGGGCGGGCCUGGAGCUUCUAAACGCUCUUCUCAGAUUCAAGGAUUUGAUGAUGAGGCAUAUUAUUGA